AUGGAUGGUGUUACAAUUGAAGGUCUAAAAACAGGCUUGGAAGUGAAUGUUUAUGAUGCUUCUGAAGAAGACGAUUACCCAGUCACCAUAAAGUUUUUUAGCGAGAGAUAUGUUUUUGGAAAAGGUUGGAGUGACAUGAAGCAUUCAAUGGAUCUCGAAGAAGGCCAGGAACUGAAGCUCUUCUGGCAUCGUG